CUGAAAAACCAGACGCAAAGCGCACGCCAUCUUCCAAAAUCUCCGAAACGCAAAAGGCAAUGCGAUCGACCCAUCCCGUAGCCAACCCUAGCCGCGGGCGGUCCCAGCCAUAGCCACCGCGGCCCCCGACCUCCGCUUCCCCGAGUCGCGAACCACCGGUCGGCUUCGACCACCGCUCUGCCGCCGCCCCAUCAAGCAUCCAGGCACGCUGCGCAACCGAGGGUUGUAUUUGGGAUGGACACCAAACGUGGGAGGAGCCGUAGUCCAGUGGAAAUCAAGGAUGGCCACUCUAAGGGGAGUGAGAAUGGAAGGAAAGACAACUCAGCUCUACAGAAUGACUCUAGCCAUGCCAGACCAGGCAGAGUUCAUGAAUUUGUUAGGCAUUCUGAUAGGCAUUCCUAUGGAGCACCUCGUGAAUCCAGGAGGCAUGAUGAUUAUAGGAGGUAUCAUAAUAAGCGAGCUGAUGAUAAUGACAGGAGCCAUUCUAGAACUUCUCGGUCAGAUCGGGAAUCAAGGGCUGACACUUACUAUUAUCCUUCAAAGCGAGAUGACACAUCUGAUAGAUCACAUGGUGAUUGGAGAAAUGUUGACAGCAAGUAUGGCGGCAAAUCUGUCAAGGGAGAGCAGAGGACUAAGAAUCAGGAAAAACAUGGGCCCCCACGUGAAUACCCUAGACAUGGUGGCACAGAGUAUGACAAAGAUGCUGAUUUAAGAAAGGAAACCAACUCUACCAGAAGGCAUCCAGAAGAAAAGGAAAGUAAAAACAAGGAGAAGUUCAAGCAGGAGGAUGCUCUAAAGAAGAGAAGCGGCAAGGAAAUUGAGAAAAGCAGCUGUGCAGCAGAACCUGAGCUAGAAACUAGGGAGAAGAGAAGAAGCUUAUUCAGUUCUGUUGGUCCAGGUGUUGAAAAUGCACAGCACAUGGAAAUGGAUACCUCAGGAGGAAAUAAAGACGAAACCAUGAAUGAUCUGAAUGCUGCAAAAGUUGCAGCAAUGAAAGCUGCUGAAUCAGUGAAGAAGAACAUUCUAGGAUUUGGGGUUGGAACCGGGCGGUUAUCCACCGACCAGAAGAAAAAGCUGCUUUGGGGCAAUAAAAAGAGUAACCCUACAGAGACAAGCACUCACUGGGAUUCGAAUCUGUUUUCUGAUCGGGAGCGCCAAGAGAAAUUCAACAAACUCAUGAGCCUGAGGGUGCCUUGGUGGCUAUGGCCUAUUGUAGGGUGUGAAGAGCAAUGCCUCUGCCUCGGUUCAAGAGAACAAGGCUGUCAACAAGGGGGAAGGUCCGGCGGAAGUCAAGAAACAGGAGGAGCUCGACACCGAUCUGGAGAAACUCUACGUAGCAGGCCUGCGCCGGAGGGAUGGCCGAACUGUUGGCCUCGGCCUGUAGGGAGCUCUGGAUGUGAGUGUGGCAGCAACCAAGAUCUGAAGUGCCUGUUAUGUGGUAUACAGUUCAUUGGCUCUUUUAUCCUUGCAUGUGGAAAUUUGAUUGUCAGUUUUGCAUCAAAAGCUGUAGAAUUGGGUUAUUGUGAUCAUCUUGUGGCUCAUGAACAUCUAUUAUGUCUGAUUCACACUGUAUAGUGCGAUGGCAUAGCUUGUCACCCAGAAGGACUUCUGCACUUAGAUUUCUGCUUUGCUUGCCCUUUGACCAUAAACAAGACAGCGGGUACUUCGAUUGCGCAGGGCAACAAUAUUCUGUUAUAUUUUUUUC